GGAACGAUGGAGACGACUGCAUCCUCAAAAGAGAUGACCACCGGUGAGGGUGGUGGCAGUGAGCAAAUCACUGCUGCUGAUGUCACCGAGAGAAUUACACGUACCGUAAUCCGAACAGCAAAUUAUACGUCGCUAACGGGCGGCGGAGAUGCCGGCGACACAACAACCUCAAGUCUCGCCUACGAGUGA